CUGCAAUUAAACCCACGAAGAAGAAGCUGAAAGUCGCUGUUUGUUUGUUGUGGUCAGCUGAGUCGUCGGGUUUGUUUUUAAAACGAUGUCUUCAGUUCACUAUCUGAGAGAGUAUAUCGGUGAAAGGCUGACAGCUGCUGCUGCAGAAAUCUUCUCCGAGUUUGAAAAAACCAUCCUGCGGUACGAAGAGGAGAUCGACCGUCAGCGCAGACUGCUGGAUCUCUGCUGGAAACCUGAACUGAAGCUGCACAGAGUCGAACAGGAUCCGGUCCACGAGACACCGUUUCUCACAGACCAGCAGGAGGAGCUGUUAGAACAGCCUCCGUGGAUCAAAGAGGAGCAGGACGAAGCAGAACCUGUGGAGAUCAAAGCUGAGGAGGAGGAGCUCUGCACCGGAGAGGAGGAAUAUCACCUGGUGACCACUGUACCUGAGGACUACAGUGAACCAGAACCAGACAGGGACCAGCUCACCUGUCAGAGUCCUGCUGGACCCAGGGACCAGGACCAGGAUUCGGGGUCAAAUGAAAACGAGGAUCAGUCACCAAAGAAGACGGAGCGCACAGCCUGUUAUCACGACCUCCAGCAGGAACCGGUCCACAAGCCGGAGCUGGUUCUGACAGACCUGCGGCUCUGCAGCCAGAGGAGGAAGUGCAGCCUGGACCAGAAGGAACCAGAACCUCCACAGAUUGAAGCAGACCAGCAGCAGCUCUGCAGAGGUCAGGAGGCCGAUCCGMUCAUGGCGACGAGGAGCAUCUCUCUGAGUCCUGCUGGACCCGAGGACCAGGACCAGGGUUCAGGGUGGAAUGAACAGACAGAACACACAGACUGUCACCACGGUAACAAGGCUGCAGCACCUGAGAGGCUGUUUUCCUGUAAAAUCUGUGGAGAAACGUUUCUGCAGAACUCACUGCGGAUCCGUCACAUCAAGGUCCACAAAGUGUGGAGCCAGAACUGGGACAAGCUGCUGCACUGCUGUCCCACCUGUGGGAAGAAGUUCCCGUCUUACAGUCACCUGGUCACACACAUGAGGGUCCACACGGGGGAGAAACCUUUUUCCUGCUUGUUUUGUGGCAAACGUUUUAAUCAGACGUCCUCUCUGAACCGUCACAUGAAGGUCCACUGAGGCUGAGCUGAGCUUCUGUCCGUCUUCAUGUCUGCACAUUUACUUUCCACUAACAGCUCAUUUAAAAACUAUGCAGCGGAUCUUCAUACGUUUGUUUAUUUAAAGGCCAGAAGUGUUUCAGUGCAGAUGCAGGUCAUCAGUUUGAGUGUUUUUGUUUGUUUUUGACAUUGUUCUGUGUUGGUUGUAAGAAUGUUUCCUGUUUCUGUGACACUUUGUUCAUAAAGGUGUCAGGUCCAAAUGUGACGUGAUGACACAGAUUUUAUUUUAUUUUAAUUUGUUUCACCUUCUUAGUUCAGAGGGUCAGAGCUUCACUGUUGCAAACUGAUGAAAAAGGAAUAAAGAUUUUGGUUCCUUCCAAGCA